AUGACUCCCCAUACAGUGCUUCUGGCUACUACGAAACCCUUUGCGAGGGACGCUGUAGGCGCUAUCAAGACUAUAUGUGAAGAGCAUGGUCUUGUAUUCGAGAAGUUGGAAGGGUAUAAGGAUCGAGCUGAGCUGUACGAGGCAGUGGCCACAGCCGAAGCCUGCAUUGUUCGCAGUGAUGUUUGCGACGAAGAAUUUUUCUCCCAUGCUAAGAACUUGAAAGUUCUGGUACGCGCUGGUGCGGGUGUGGACGCAAUAGACCUGCCAGCAGCCACAAAUCACGGAGUUUGCGUCCAGAACACUCCGGGACAGAAUUCUAAUGCGGUUGCGGAGUUGGUCUUUGGCAUGCUUCUAGCGCAUAAGAGGAAUUAUUUCGACGGCAACUCUGGAACAGAGAUUAGAGGAAGCAGUCUUGGAUUGUACGGCUGUGGCAACGUGUCGCGAUUCGUGAUUCUGGCAGCCCAAGGCUUUGGCAUGGACAUUUAUGCUUAUGACCCUUUUCUCACUCCAGAUCAAAUCGCGGACCUGGGGGCAGAACCACUUUAUGAUGUGAGUUGA